UGCUUCCUGUUGCUGCUUCGUGACUAGUCCACUGAGCUAAAGAGCAUACCGAAAGUGCCUUUAUUUACCAUUAAAACGGCCACCUGCAAAUACCGGGUUGGAAGCUAAAAGAGACACUUUCCUGUCGCAUGAAAAGCUCGCUCACAAGUCUUCUAGCAGUUGCUUUAAUGUGUGUUCAAGACAGCAAAUUAACUCACUGCUCAAGUGCGAUAAUCACUGUUGUCAAUGUCGUCUCCACCUGAGAAACCUGUCAACAUUAAGGCUGCAGAAAACAGCUGGAGACUGAAAUAUCUCAGUGGGAACCUGUUCUCGUGCCCCAAGGACGAGGCUUUGGCCCACUGCAUCAGCGAGGACUGCCGCAUGGGGGCAGGCAUAGCGGUGGCGUUCAAGGAGAAGUUCAAAGGGGUAGACGAGUUAAAGGAACAGAAAAAGCUGACAGGACAGUGUGCCGUGUUAAGAAGAGACAGACGUUUUAUCUACUAUCUGAUCACAAAGAAAAAGGCCAGACAAAAGCCCACCUAUGACAGCCUGACACAGAGCCUUGAGGAUAUGAAGUCGCACUGCGUGGUGAACGGAGUAACAAGAAUAUCAAUGCCUCGUAUUGGUUGUGGCAUGGAUGGACUGCAGUGGAGUGAAGUGUCAGAGAUACUGGAACAGGUCUUCAAACGCACAAACAUCUCCGUCACCGUCUACAGCCUCCCUGAGAAAGAAGAGACCACAGUGAAGAGAGAAAACAUGCGCAGAUGACUGACGGAAAAGCUCAUUUAUUGUCAUUACAACUGGGACACAUCGGCGGUACCAGAUGUGAGUCACAGAAAGAGAGUGGAGAGGAACCUGACACCACAAAGUCAAUCCCACAUCCAUUUUCUCCCGGCAUGGCAAAGCCUUUCAACACUGAAGUGGGAAGCAGAGAGCUGAUACUGCACAAUCUCGAUUCAAAGCAUUAGUUGGUUUAAAUAAUCUAAUUGAAGGGGGGCUUCAUUUAAGGAUUCGACGACCUGCACUUCAGGUGUGAAUAAUUAUCAUAAACCUCAGUAGGAAUGAGACUCUGAACAGGCUCAGUAGUUUGCCGUCUACGACCCUCCCACUCUCCUUUGGGGCACCUUCAAUAAUUCAUGAGGAAAAGGCAUUUACUGCUGUACACUGCGGCUGCCUGCCCAUUUCCCUCAUAUAUAUCCAUGGUUGGCUGGAUGACUGUACUUCAGCAUCACUGCAACCAACCCCCUCUCCUACU